GGAUUCUCUGGGCCCAAACUUGUACUUAAGCAGCUGCUAAGAAAGCCCCUUUUUAUCAAGAGUUAACCUUCGGUGAACAAUCUGCUAUGGCAACAAACGAGAAUCUACCGCCAAACGUAAUAAAACAGCUGGCAAAGGAGCUAAAAAAUCUCGAUGAAACCCCACCAGAAGGCAUCAAAGUUGGUGUCAACGAUGAUAAUUUCUCGAUUAUAUUUGCUGACAUUGAAGGCCCAGCUGGAACACCAUACGAAAACGGCACUUUCCGCAUGAAGUUGAUUUUGUCUCACGAUUUCCCACAUUCCCCUCCAAAAGGCUAUUUUCUGACUAAGAUAUUCCAUCCGAAUAUUGCAAGCAAUGGCGAGAUUUGUGUUAAUGCGUUGAAGAAAGAUUGGAGCCCAAGUCUCGGCUUACGUCACGUUUUAAUUGUCAUCAGAUGUUUAUUGAUCGAACCAUUUCCAGAAUCUGCUCUAAAUGAACAGGCUGGCAAAAUGCUGCUCGAAAAUUACGACGAGUACGCCAGACAUGCAAGGCUUUACACUGGAAUACAUGCACUAAGGCCAAAGCCGAAGCUCAAAACUGCAUCGAUUUCCGAGCCGACCACCACCACCGCUACAACAACAGCAACCCUAAAUGUGGACCCCACAAAUUCAUCUGCAAAAUGCGCCGACCAGAAAAAUAAUAAUAAUGCUGCACCACAGAUAUUACCUUCUCCGUUAGCGCCAAAGCCCGAAAACGGACAAUGCUACCCCUCCGCUAUGGCUUCGGCCGGAGUUGGCGGAUCGACGGCGGCAACAGCGGCGGCACUGAAGAAGGAAGGUGGCCUGAAUAAAGUUCCGGCGGUGGACAAAAAGAAGAUAGAUGCUAGAAAGAAAAGCUUGAAGAGAUUAUGAAUUUUAUCCUCUUGUGUUUGAUCAAUGUUUUUUUUACUUUCUAAAUUUCUCAAGAAUCAAUGGAUGGAUGAAUUUGUAUUAUUAUUCCUUUGAGAUACUAAAUUGGAUUCAGAUUAUAUAAAUACCUUUUUUUUUUUUUUUUUAA